AUGGGCAUCAGAUCCAGUAUCCGCCAUUCGCUCCGGGAAUCUCCUGGAUUGCCUACAUCUUGCUGUGCUACUUUCCCAGCAGGUGUCAGGGUGGUUGAAGUCAAGAUUGAGCAGGUUGCUAUGGAACUUCAGCUUACUCCAUUCACUGUACUUCUGCGAUCGGUUCUGGAUCAGCUUCAGGAAAAGGAUUCUGCUCGUAUAUUUGCUCAGCCAGUGAACCUUAAAGAGGUUCCAGACUAUUUGGAUCACAUUAAACAUCCUAUGGAUUUCUCUACCAUGCGAAAACGGUUAGAUGCUCAAGGCUAUAAAAACCUCAGUGAGUUUGAAGAAGACUUCAAUCUUAUCAUAGAUAACUGUAUGAAAUACAAUGCAAAAGAUACAAUAUUCUAUAGAGCUGCGGUGCGGUUAAGAGAUCAAGGAGGUGUAGUUCUCAGGCAAGCUAGGCGAGAUGCUGAAGGAAUCGGUUAUAAUAAUGAAACUGGAAUGCACUUACCUGAACGGCCUAAACUUGAGUCACCCCAGCCUUUCUCUUGGGAAGAUGUGGAUAGGUUACUGAAUCCUGCAAACAGAGCGCAUAUGUCCUUGGAAGAACAGCUGAGAGAGCUGCUAGAAAAACUUGAUCUCACCUGUGCAAUGAAAUCCAGUGGGUCAAGGAGCAAAAGAGCAAAGCUGUUAAAGAAAGAAAUCAGUAUUAUUCGCAACAAACUAAGUCAGCAACACAACCAAGCUCCUCAAAUAGAAUCAGGUAUUGGAAGUUUUGAAGAAGAAAGUGCAGCAUUAGAACAAGAUGGAGAAGAAGAAGGAGAUAAAUCUCCCCCUAAACUUGAACCAUCAGAUGCAUUACCUCUUCCUUCAAACUUGGAGACUAAUUCAGAACCACCAACCCUCAAACCAGUAGAACUCAAUCCAGAGCAGAGUAAGCUUUACAAAAGAGUAAAAUUUGAUAAUGAAUUAUAUAGCACUUCCAUUCAGAAAGAAAUAAAUGGACACACUCCAGAACACUUACUUGACAGUAAUCUCAAUGAGUCGACUGUUUCUGCUGUAGCUGAGUCAUCAACUGAUGUAAACAGACGUACAUCCAUUCUCUUCUGCAAAUCGAAAAGUAUAAGCCCCCAAAAGUCUGCAAAGAACACUGAAACCCAGCCAACUUCUCCACAGCUAGGGACCAAAACCUUUUUGUCUGUAGUCCUUCCAAGGUUGGAGACACUUCUGCACCCAAGGAAAAGAUCAAGGAGUGCAUGUGGAGAUUCUGAGGUUGAUGAUGAGUCCCCUGUAAAGCGCUUGGAUACAGGUUUGUCAAAUGGUUUUGGAGAUGGAAGUAAAGAGAGAGCAUUAGAUGAUACUCCGGGAAGAAAAGUUGAACCUCGUCGCCGCUGUGCAUCAGAAUCUAGUAUUUCAUCAAGUAACAGUCUUUUGUGUAACUCAAGUUUCAGCCUACCGAAGUGUGGUAAAGGUAAACCUGCACUUGUUCGAAGACACACACUGGAAGACCGAAGUGAAUUGAUAUCAUGCAUUGAAAAUGGAAACUAUGCCAAAGCAGCAAGAAUUGCAGCUGAAGUUGGGCAUAGCAGUAUGUGGAUUUCAACGGAUGCUGCAACAUCUGUUCUUGAGCCACUAAAAGUAGUAUGGGCCAAAUGUAGUGGAUAUCCCUCUUACCCAGCUCUGAUUAUUGACCCUAAGAUGCCUCGUGUUGCUGGCCAUCACAACGGUGUUACUAUACCAGUGCCACCUCUGGAUGUACUGAAAAUUGGAGAACAAAUGCAGACCAAAUCAGAUGAGAAACUGUUCUUAGUACUAUUUUUUGACAAUAAAAGAAGUUG